AUGUGGCUACUUCGUAGAUAUGGCUCUGUGAAUUUCUAUUUCAUCGCAUUAAUUAUUCUAUCAAUCAUUGCUAUAUACAUCACAUUCGAUGGAAGUCAGUUUAGGGAAAGUUUACCAUCGAAAAUUCUUGACAUCGCAGCAACUUUUGAUAAUACUCCGGUUGAAUAUUUUCAUGUCGAUAUCGAUUUAACAUCGAGUCAAGCGAUAUGUCAAUCAGACGAUAUUUUACUUGUUUAUAUCUUAUCUACAAGAAGUAAUUUCCGGCGACGCGAAAUCAUUCGUUCGACAUGGGGUUCAAAACAGAAUGGAACUUGCUUUGUAUUCGUUAUUGGUGAAAUCUCGGGCACCGAAGGCAAUGCUGCUGAAAUUCAGAUGAAAGUUAAAGACGAACGACAACAAUUCAAUGAUAUUAUCGAAAUUAAUCACAUUGAAACGUAUGCAAACGUUGUUUACAAAGAAGUUGGUGCUUUGCAAUGGUCAUAUCAAUUCUAUCCAAAUAUCUCCUAUUUAUUUAAAACAGAUGACGACUUGAUUGUAGAUACAUUAUUAUUAUCGUAUAUGACGAAGAUACUUGUGACUAACAGUAAAAAGACAGAUUCGUACAUCUUGAAAUAUGAUCCUUUACUCGUUGCGAAUCUGUUGUCAUCCGAUCGAACAACAUUUUUUCGUGGAGCAUGGGCUAUCGAUUUUCAAUUAACAGGUCGUGGAAACGGAAAGUUCGGUGUUAGUGAGACUAUUUGGCCACACCGAUUUCUUCCGCCUUACUGCUCAGGUUUUGGUUGGUAUAUGUCCAACCAUGUUCGGAACAAACUUGUUUAUGCAGCCAAUACGUAUCCACUGCAUAAAGUUGUAUGGAUUGGUGAUGUGUUUGCAUCGGGAUUUUUGGCUAAAGUAGCGAAAGUUAGAUGUAUUCCUAUCCCAUUGGCAUAUGAUCAAUCGCACUUCGGUAACUGUUCGUGUUUGAUGGCUAGUAAUCCUGUUUUAACUGUAUGUUCGACAACAUUUCAUUCUGGUCUUGGUAAAACGCUCGAGCAAAAAUUCGAUGAAUAUAGAAAAGCAUGGAAAAUCAUUCAAUUACGUCAUAAUGUAACCGCAAUGGUUACGAUCGAUUGCUAA